CUUUAUGAUCCCUCCCCCCAGAGUAGCGUCACUACAGGGAAGGGAACAGUAUAUAAACAACUGCCGGAGUGCAGAAAGACAGAAGUGCAGAAAACCAUCAAGAAAAAGAAGACGAAACAGAAGAGUCAACAUCUAAGAAAGAUUAAGCAUGUUUCUCAUCCCAGACUUCUCCAAAGAAACAUGGAUCCUGCUCAUCAUACUGCUGGCACUUCUGGCUUAUUAUGGGAUCUGGCCAUACAGAGUUUUCAAAAAAUAUGGAAUACCUGGCCCUAAGCCCCUACCAUUUAUUGGAACUUUUCUUGAAAACAAAGAUGGAGUAUUUGAAUUCGACAUGGAAUGUUUCAAAAAAUAUGGAAAAAUAUGGGGGUUCUAUGAUGGGAGGCAGCCAGUUCUUGCGAUUAUGGACCCAGCAAUCAUUAAAUUCAUUCUAGUUAAGGAAUGCUACACUAUAUUUACAAACAGACGGAAUUUUGGCCUUAAUGGACCUCUGAAGUCUGCAGUGUCAAUUGCUGCUGAUGAACAAUGGAAGAGGAUACGCACCGUGUUAUCACCAACAUUCACCAGUGGUAAACUAAAGCAGAUGUUCCCAAUAGUAAAACAGUAUGGAGACCUUUUAGUGAAGAAUAUUCAAAAGAAAGUUGAUAACAAAGAAUUUGUAGACAUGAAAAACAUCUUUGGAAGCUACAGCAUGGACAUUGUUCUAAGUACAUCCUUCAGUGUGAAUGUGGAUUCAUUGAACAAUCCUAAUGAUCCAUUCGUGACCAAUGGAAGAAAACUUUUCAGCUUCUCCUUUUUCAACCCUUUGUUCUUAACAACAGUUCUGUGUCCAUUCCUGAUUCCUCUUUUGGAAAAGCUGAAUUUCUGCUUCCUCCCAUUAAGUGUCCUUGACUUUUUUCAAGAUGCAAUAAAAAGUAUAAAGAAAAACAGAAAGAAGGGAAUUCACUCAGAUCGAGUAGAUUUUCUCCAACUCAUGGUAGAUGCUCAAUCUAAAGACAACAAUGCAGGAGAGGAGACUCAUGGCUAUAAAGAAUUGACAGACUCUGAAAUUUUGGCUCAGGGACUUAUCUUUAUUAUAGCUGGUUAUGAGACCACCAGCACCACACUUAUGUUUCUGGCAUACCAUCUGGCUACGCACCCUGAUGUCCAAACCAAACUUCAGGAAGAAAUUGACACCUUUCUUCCCAAUAAGGCUCCACCAACAUAUGAAGUUCUGAUGCAGAUGGAAUACCUUGAUGCGGUGCUUAAUGAAAACUUGCGACUCUACCCUGCAGCCGGGAGAAUUGAACGGGUUUGUAAGACAACAACUGAGAUCAAUGGUGUAACUAUCCCAAAGGGAGUUGUGGCUGUUAUCCCGGUCUUUGUGCUGCAUCGUAACCCUGAGAUCUGGACUGAUCCAGAGGAAUUCCGACCUGAAAGAUUCAGUAAGGAGAACAAGGACACAAUAGACCCUUACACCUUCCUACCCUUUGGAGCUGGACCUCGGAACUGCAUAGGAAUGAGGUUUGCCUUAACCAACAUGAAAUCAGUUAUCACCCUGCUGCUGCAGAACUUCUCUUUCCGAACCUGCAAAGACACUCCAAUCCCUCUGGAAAUUGACACCACUGGAUUCCUUAAGACAAAGAAACCUGUUAUAUUAAACCUCGUGCCAAGAGAAGCCGAGAAGAUUGAAAAGUAGAUCCUGAAGACGCUGUGGAUGGUUACUAUUGAUAUUUGUAGCAUAUGGAGAACAACAUAUAACAUAAGUACAGUAUACUGGAUGUUUGUGUGCAAAAAGAAUAUUAUGUAUGUAAAUGUAAGAAAUGCCAAAGAAAUAAUGUAUACAUGCCUGUAAGAUUUUGUAACAUAUCUGUAUACGUUCUUCUAGUAAACUUUGCUGACAGAUAUCAGAACAACGUCUGCAGCGUAUAGGACUACAAUGGCUCUGUGUUUCUUUACCU